AUGCAUUGUUCCAAGGCUUGCUUUGUCAUUUCUCUGGUGCAGUGGGGUCAUUCUAGUGGCUGGUUGGCAGAUGAUGAAGGAACCAUUGUCUUGGUCGUUGGCACUUGCCUCAUUUUCCCAAUUGGCAUUGUCGCCUUUCUGCACCUCUUGGCAGUGUUCCUUGCACACCUGUGCUACAUUUGCUGUCGAACACAGGACACGUCUGCAACAAAUGUGGAACUGAGUCUUUUAGGGCCUAGCCAAUGGAAUUUGCUUUUGCCAGCACAUUGCCAAGUGCCAGUGCGUGAAGUUGUGCUGACAAUGCCUGCCGGGGGAGAAGCUUCAGACCCUUUAGUUUCGGAGCGAACUGAGUCGAGGUCGCACCUAGAAUUCCAGAUUCUUGACUACGUCGCGAAGGUCGGGCCAUUGGAAGCACCAGUGGCAGUACUUCUUGGAGGCAACGAGCAUCACUCUGAGAUUGUUUAUGCGGAUGAGGACAUGGCUCGGAUUUGUCAGAGGUUCACUGCACGGUUUGCCCCCCAGAUCGCAGAUGCCUUGUCUCGGAGUGUGAUCAGCAUCUUGCACCAGCGUACAAAGCCGCGGGAGAUCUUGGUUGUGAAUAUUUCAUUCGCGGAUGGUGAUAGCGACCAAAGCGAGAGUGACCCAGGUGAAGCCUUGCUUGGUGAGAGCACUCGAUCGUGA